CAGGGCGGCAGAGAGUUGAACUGGGGAGCCGGAGCUCGGCGCGGGGCCGCGGCCGCGGCGCUGCUCGGCCUGGGGAGCGCCCGCCCGCGCCGGGCGCCAGCGGGGCGGCCGAUGGCGAGGCGAGAGGACGGGCGGGACUGGGCGUACAGGGUUGAUCCAUAUGGGUUUGAAAGGCCAGAAGACUUUGAUUAUGCAUCCUAUGAAGCAUUCUUUUCCAGAUACCUAGUGGUACUCACUAGAAGAGCAAUAAAAUGGUCCAAGCUCCUAAAGGGGAAUAACAGUAUACAGAAGAGUUUAAAAGUAAAGAGAUAUAUCAGGAAAGGCAUCCCCAAUGAACACCGUGCAUUGGUCUGGAUGAUUGUGAGUGGGGCCCAAACCAACAUGGAACAAAACCCUGGGUAUUACCACAGACUGCUUGAAGGAGAGAAGAAUGCCAAGCUGCUUGAAGCAAUCAAAACAGACAUGAACAGAACAUUUCCAGAUAAUGUAAAAUUCCGCAAAACUGCUGAUCCAUGUUUGCAACACGCACUCUACAAUGUAUUGGUAGCAUAUGGGCACCAUAAUAAAGCAGUAGGAUAUUGUCAGGGCAUGAACUUCAUUGCUGGAUACCUGAUUCUUAUUACAAAGAAUGAAGAGGAGUCUUUUUGGUUGCUAGAUGCUCUUAUUGGAAGAAUAUUGCCUGAUUAUUACAGUCCUGCAAUGUUGGGCCUGAAAACUGAUCAGGAAGUCCUUGGAGAGCUUGUGAAAAUGAAAGUUCCAGCUGUGGCAGAGCUGAUGGAAAGACAUGGAGUCAUGUGGACCCUAGUGGUGUCACGCUGGUUUAUAUGUCUGUUCAUUGACAUUCUUCCAGUGGAGACUGUGCUCCGAAUAUGGGAUUGUUUAUUCUAUGAAGGGUCAAAGAUCAUCUUCCGUGUGGCCUUAACAUUGAUUAAGCAAAACCAAGCUUUUAUUUUGGAAGCCACGAAUUUCCCUGACAUUUGUGAUAAAUUUAAGCAGAUCACCAAAGGAACAUUUGUAACAGAGUGUCACAGCUUCAUGCAGAAAAUAUUCACUGAUCCUGGAAGCUUAUCCAUGGCAACAAUCAACAAACUCCGAGAGACUUGCAGGGAGAAGGUGCUUUCUCAGGGAUAACAUGCCAGAUGUAACCAGGUGGUCAGAUACUACAGCAAUUGACACAUUCCUCUAUUUGCACUGAUUAAAGCACACUUUAAGCUUUCCAUGAAUUAAUUGACACUUGACCAAUUUUUCCUGCCUUUCAAGUAAGUGUGUUAACACUUUGUACUGUAUGUCAGAUUUGAUAACUGGAACUGGUGGUUCUGUUACUGUUUGUUGGUGGUGUGUUGUUUUUAUUUUUUAAGGAUUAAGGUAUCUUCAGACUAGAAUGUGAUCAAUGUCAGGACCCUCCUUUUAAAUAAACAGUCCCAGGGAAUUUUGUAAUACUAAGAGCAAACAGAUGUAUAAAAUUAUGUAUUACUGUGUUAACUGUGACACCAUUACCAUUUGUACAAAAUAAAUUAAUUUAAUUUGUCAGAACCUGUUUUGUGGUGUAGAGAGAAAAUUAUGUGACCUGACUGCCAGUCACUGGAUGGAAUACAAGCAACUUUCUCCUCACUGCUCUCACUUAAGGAACUCAAAAAGUGCAGGGCAAGAGAGCAGUGAUCAGCACUAGCAGUUGAUCUAUGCAGUGUGAGACAGAGCAGCUCCCACAGCAGUGCAAUUCUCCCACACCCAUGCCCCUAAAAAUUUGAGGAGAAACACUUGUAAAGCCAUCCACAAGCAGAUUUUGUUGACAGGGGAAGACACGGCAUCGUUCCUAAGCCUGUAUUGGCACUAGGCCACUUCUAGCCCUGCUGGGGCCAGGAGUCGGGGAAUUGCUUUCCUGUCCGUACAGAGCCCUCUCGUGGCCAAAUUCUCUCCUUCCAGCUGGGGAAAGGAGAGACAGCUGGAGCAUUUUGUGGGGUUUUAUGUUCCACGUGCAACAACUACUUUUGAACAGUACUCCACUCUCUUUUCAUUUCUCGUGAAACAUGGCUUCCCCCUAUCUCGCAAAUUGAAAUGUUUUCAUUCCUCAGCAGAAAAAAAAACAAAUCACCUUUUUCAGAGGAAGUACAGGAGUGCACUUUAGACAACUAAAGACUGCUACUCAACAGUAAUUCUGAGCUAUCCUAUCCUUUAUGGUACCAGACAUACACAUUCUCUUUAAGUACUGAAUUAUAAGGACAGUAGCAGUAACAUACUUCUAGCAUGUCAGCAGGUAGUGGGAAGCACUGUUCACUACUAGGAAAAUUCACAGCUUCCAGGUACCUCCAAAAUCGCAGGGUUUGGUCCACAGGCAGCCUUCCUGCCCUGCAUUAGGCUCUCUUGGUCAGGAGUGUUCUGUGCAGUGCUGUGGUGUGCCCCAGUUGCUGCCCUGCAGAGCUGGUACUGUUAACACCAGAGCCUUCCUGCAGGAGGGAGUCAGGGAAGCUUUAAACACCAAGGUUCAUUUCCAACACCUAACAAGGCACAUGGCUCUCAGCAGAUGUGAGUUUCCUACUUUCUGGAAAGUAGAAAACUUCAAAACCAAACAUGAAAUGUCAUUUACACAGUCCUUAGACUAAGAACCUUAGCAGUACUGUCAGAAAGUGAGGCUUAGGCAGGCAGACUGGUAUAGCGACAUGUCUCAGGAAGUUUAAAGAGUUAACUCCUCCAGGUCUCAGGUUACCAGCACAUAGCUUUCCUUGUUUCCAAACACAAAGUGCAAACCGAACCUGAUUCCAACGCACACACAUUAAGGUUUUCCUUUGUGCCACAAAGAAAAAAUGUAAGCACUUAUUUAACUCCACACUAAAGAUUGUCUCAAUCUUCCCAAGUAUAGCCAAACCAUGACUUCAUCCCUCAACAAAUGGUUUUAAGAGUGAUCAGCAAUACUAAGAAAUACAGAAAAAAAAGUGUCUUUAUUAGCAUUGUUACAGGCAAUGCAUACAUAAGAACUGAUCCUUAAAGUGUACAACCCCCCAGCCAAGUUUAAAGCAAUAGAAUCAGCAGAUUGAGAUCUAUAUUGUACACAUGUGCAGUAACAGGAUCUCUCUGAACCUUCCAACAAAACAGACUGAAAUAACUUUACAAAAAAAAGUAAAUAAAAAUAACACCCAUUUUAAAAAAGUACCAGCUC